CACGAGAUUCAGCACGCCUUCGCAACCAUGCACUUCCCAUCCAUUCUCUUCCUCCUCACAACUCUAACCACCACCAUCGCCCACCCCGGCCCCCAUAAACAAACCACCAGAGCCGAACUCGCCCGUCGAGCCGACCUCUCCGCCCGCUGCUCCCACCACGCCAGCCACUACAACGCCCAACGACUCAAACGAACCCUCCACAAGCGCCAAAACUCUACCGUCUCACUCACAACCUCACCCCCUUACUACCCCACCAUCCAAAACGAAACAUGCGUACUCACCCCCGAAGUAACAGCCGGCCCCUACUGGUGGCGAAACUCCCAAACCCUCCGCCAAGACAUGACCGAGAACCAACCAGGAGUACCUCUUCUCCUUGACGUCGGGGUACUGGAUAUGGCGACCUGCGAGCCGUUGGAAAACGUGCUGGUGGAUUUCUGGCACUGUAAUGCGACGGGCAAAUACUCGAGUUUUACGCAAUUGCCGGCUGAUGAACCCAUUGAUACUAUACUGGCGGGGCUGAAUGUCAUGGAUUUUGAGAUCGGGAGGUCGGAUAUACAUACGGAUGAGGGGACGUUUUUGAGGGGUAUGUGGCCGACGGAUGGGAAUGGGGUUGUGGAGAUGAGGUCGAUUUUUCCGGGGUUUUAUUAUGGACGUGCGAUUCAUAUUCAUAUUCAGGUUCAUACGGAUUGGGUGUUGAGGGAGAAUGGAACUUUGGCGAGUGGGAAGACGGUGAGUACGGGGCAGGUCUUCUUUGGGGAGGACCUGGAGAGGGAGAUUAUGGCGUUGGAGCCGUAUGCUUCUGUGACGAAAGUUGAGAGACUUACUAAUCAGUUUGAUAAUACCUAUAAUAAUGAGAAUACUGGGGGGUAUAAUGCUCUGGUGUCGGUGGUGCCGAUGGAUGGGGAAGAUGUGACGAAGGGGAUGAUUGGGUUUGUUACAAUCGGGGUGGAUACGGAGGCAGUUGAGUCGUUUCCGGUUUGA